AUGGCCGAGGAUCUGGGAGAUCUCUUGGCGAAGGUGCUCCCGGCCGGGGUCGAGAUCACUGUCCGCCAUGUAUCCUCGACCCCCACUCCAUCGGCAGCCCUCUUCGCCCCGGCCCCGGGGGACGCAGCCGAACCAACGUUCUGCGAAAAUCAUUUCCUCUCGGUCUCGAUCGAAUCCCCAGACGAUGGCGGCGAGAUCAUCGUUUUUGGGCUCGAGGUGCUAGUCUACAACACGGCCCACCUGACCACCAUCUUCGUUUCCAAGGCCGACUCGACCGGCUUCCUGCAUCUGCUGAAGGUACCGCAGAAGGUCUCAGUUCUAAGACUUGUCUCUAACACCUUUCUCUCAUUUCUUGCUCGGACGCGCCAGCGACCUGGUGUGCGUCUGGUGAUCUCACUUUUUGCGCGCGCCCAGAACCAGUAUCUGUUCCCCGGCAGCAUCGAGAAUGCCGAGAAGCACGUCUUGGACGAUCGAGGCCUGAUCAAGUGGUGGUGUCGGGCUGUGGACCCGAUCCUCCGCGAGCAUGAGGCCGAGUCUGUGUCGACGGAGACAAAGCCGCUGGACCAGACGGUCGAGGCAACCAAGGCCUCCGCCACCGCGUAUCUGGUCGUCCCGGGCUGCGAGCCCUUUGAGACCCGCAGCCUCUUUCCCAUCACGGCCAAGGCCGACACACCUAGUCAUCGCCGGUGGCUCUCCAGCUACCCGCUCCACCAGCUGUGUCACGAUCCUUCGGCUCCACCGCGUUGCUUGAUCCCGCGGCUUCCAGACGAUCCCAAGACGCGUUUCCUCGUGGAUCUGGAUGACGAGCUGCCUGAACCUGUUGAGGGUGAGGCCCUGUCUCCCAAUGCCGGUCAAUGGCGGAGCGUCAGAUCGUUGGAUCAGUUCUGGGAGAUGAUGUCCUUCCGGCAAGAAUGCUCGUCCGGUCGACUGGUCGGCUUUCUGUGGCUGGUCAUCAAUCCUCCGGGUCUGAUGAAUUCUACUUCCAUGGCGAGUCAGGCUCGUCCUUCUACUCAGACAGUCCCGCCUUCCAAGGAUGCAGACGUUUCCAAGGCCACCCCCGAUGAGGAGCAAUCACAGAAGACAUCCAGCAAAACCGAGGAACCAGAUGCAUCGGAAAAGAAAGAACCAGUCACAGAGGCAUCUUCCGAGUCCCGUGCGGAUACCACGUCUUCGUUUGACACUCACCCUGGGGUCACAUCGGUGGACCUUCCCUCCAAGGGCCAAUCCAACGACGCCAAUCCCUUCUCCUGGCCCCAAACCGGACGCGGGCACAUGGUCCUCAGCGACGCCGAUUACAAUAAGAUGAUGAACUCGCUCAUGGAUCAUUUCUACGACCGAAAGGACGUUGUCGCCAGCACCAAGGCCCACAUCGACCAGGUCGCUUCGCUCGCCGACCAGCUCACAUGGGGCAAGCGGGUGGUGGGCACCAGUACGCUGGCAGAGACCAGCGCACCUCGAUCUGCGGAAACCCAUCAAAUUCUUGAUCUCGGGCUGAUCCGUAAGCGAAAGAAGUCGACGAGCGAAAACAACUCGUCUGCUACGGACGGGGACCAGCCACUGCCGAGCGCGCCGGGCGACACAGCGCAGCCGGCUGGCGUCAAGAUACUCAAUGCCAAUUUGGUUCGGAAGAAGAAAAAGACAUGA